AUGAGUUUUUUAUCAGCAUUGCAAGAAAAAAAGUCAAAACUGAAACCAACUGAUACAAUUGUGACCCAGCAGGAUGGCCAGAAGUUUGUGGAAUCCAAGUUUGAAGUAAAAAAAAUUAAUGAAGUUACUCAUGGUUUUGUGGUAGAUACAAAACCAGAUGAUAUUCCUGCUAAAAUAAUUGAACAUCUUUAUUUGGGUUCACAAGACUGUUGUGAACUUGAAGUUUUGAAUAAAUUCAACAUCAAAUUUGUAUUAAGUCUUGGCAUAGAAGCUUCAGUUAAAUCUCCAUACAUUACUUAUAAAUUUAUAAAAAUGUUAGAUCUUGAUUCCAUCGAUUUAAACAAAUAUCUCCCUGAUUGUAUAAGUUUUAUUGAUAAUUGCCUCAAUUGUAAAGAAAAUGUUCUAGUACAUUGCAACGCGGGCGUUAGUAGAUCGGCAUCUGUUGUAAUGUCUUAUCUUAUUGUUCAAAAUAAAUUAAGUUUCAAAAAUGCUUACGAACUUGUUAAAAAGGCAAGGCCUUGUAUUAGGCCCAAUGAUGGUUUUAUGAUACAGUUAAGAAAGUUGAAAAAUAAUUAA